AUGACCACUUCUACUACUCCUAUCACUGUUGGUGUCCUUGCCUUGCAAGGUGCUUUCAUCGAGCACAUCCACAUGCUCAACAGAAUCCCUGAGGUCAAGGAAGCCAUCCCUGUUCGCACUGAAGAACAACUUAACUCUGUCGAUUGUCUCAUCAUUCCCGGUGGCGAAUCAACUGCUAUGGCUCUUAUUGCCGAGCGUUGCAACAUGUUGGAACCUCUGCGUGCUUUUGUCCAAAAGAAGCCUACUUGGGGAACUUGUGCAGGUAUGAUUAUGUUGGCCAAGGAAGCCACAGGAGCCAAGAAGGGCGGCCAACAACUGUUCAAUGGAUUGGAUGUUGUUGUUAACCGCAACCAGUUUGGAUCUCAAAAGGAGAGUUUCAGAACUCUGUUGCAUUUGCCAGAGUUGUUGGGCGACGAGCCAUUUGAUGCUGUGUUCAUCCGUGCACCUGUCAUUGCCGAGAUCAAAUCUCCCAAGGUGAAGAUUGUGGGUCGUUUGGAGCACAAGCAUGGUCAAACUGAGGCAGAGACAGCUGUGGCCGUCAUUGAGGAUCAUCUUUUUGCAACUGCUUUCCAUCCUGAAUUGACAAGCGACAACCGUCUCCAUCAGUUCUUUGUUAGCAUGGCCCUUAAGCAUAAAGAACAACAAUAG